CAGUUUUUUUCUGAUUAGUAAUGCUUUAUUGAGUACCUUCUGUGGGUCAGGCUCUGGGCUUGGCUCUUUGAUUUCAAGAGGGGCAGAGGGACAAGAGCUGUUUUCACAGAUAAUGUGUGCGAACAAGGCAGAUAAUGCACUAGAUGAUGACCUAGGGGUGAAGGGCACUCCGAAGAAAAUCCUACUGCGAUUAACCAGCGCUCUGCAGGCUAGAACAGCAGAGGGAGGGUCCCUCACUGGAAAGGCUCUAAGCCUCCUUCCCUACCCUCCCACGCAAGCCUGCUCCUCUUGGGAACUCACCUGAUGAUGACGGCGGGGCCUACUUAUUUGGAAGCCUAGUUUGUGCAUUUCACUUCGUGAAAGUCUCACCUCAUCACUGAGAGGCCCGCCCGUUUUACCCAAGCUCCGAGGCUCUGAGAAGUCUGUGACUUGGCCAAGAGCCCCCCAACCAGCGAAGGAGAGGCCCGGGAUUCCAAGCCCUCUCACCCCCUCUCCCCAGCACUGGGGUGUCUGUGGAGGGGCGCCCGCUGCUUUCUGUCGCCCCCAAUUGGCUGUCGAGGAGAUGGGGCCGCACGGGCGCACUCUAGUCCCGGCUCAAGUCCGGCGGGUGCAGCCCCUCCGCUUCUGCGGCUGCGUAAUGGGGGCUCUGUCGUCCCCAGCAGAGUCCAGUCCGAGCCUCGGAACCCAGCCCGGCGCCACCCUUCGCAGUCGCGGCGUUCCCGCUUCUCUUCCCGCCGAACUGGGGAUGGAGUGGCCGUGACCGGAUCCGGCGGCAGAGAGGCCGUCCUCGUCCCGAGGCAGCGGGCGGGCUGAGGCUGGUGGCCCCGGCGCCGCGUCCGAGCUGGGUGCGGCCCCGCGGGGAAGGGGUGUCGCCCGCGGGUCACCCAGAGGACACCGGGAGGGAAAUUCCUGGGGCGGGAGUGAGGUUUGGUGGGAGAGGUGACGACAGGGCGAGGCUGGCGGUUGUGUGGGAAGCUGUGCCGGGUCCGGCGCCUGACCUUCUCGGGCCACCGCAGGGGCGCGGGCGAGGCCGGGAGCGCGGGGACCAGUCCAGCCGCUCCGCACGCCUCACUGCCCAUCCGCCCUGUGCCCGGCGCCCCGGCCCUGGCUGCGCCCGCUCCGUGGCCGCGGGACACCUCGCCGCCGUUCUGAGCUGUCCCCGCAGAUGUCGGGAGCUAUCUUUGCGCCCCUGGAGGGUCCAGGCGCCCUCGACUCUGCAGGCGGCCACCCGCUCGUGUGCCCGCUGUGCCACGCGCAAUACGAGCGCCCGUGCCUGCUCGACUGCUUCCACCACUUCUGCGCCGGGUGCCUGCGCGGCCGCGCCGCCGACGGCCGCCUCUCCUGCCCGCUGUGCCAACACCAGACAGUGGUGAAGGGCCCCAGCGGGCUCCCUCCGGUGGACCGGCUACUGCAGUUCCUCGUGGACAGCUCAGGGGAUGGCCUGGAGGUGGUGCGCUGUGCCAACUGCGACCUGGAGUGCGGCAAGCAGGACGCGGAGACCACGUACUUCUGCAACACGUGCGGGCAGCCGCUGUGCGCGCGCUGCCGCGACGAGACGCACCAGGCACGCAUGUUCGCACGCCACGACAUCGUGGUCUUGGGCCAGCGCAGCCGUGAUGUGCUCCAGAAGUGCACGCUGCAUGCUGAGCCCUACAUCAUGUUCUCCACCGAGAAGAAGUCGCUGCUGUGCAUCUGUUGCUUCCGGGACAUGCAGGGGGAGAGCCGGGCUCACUGCGUGGACCUCGAGUCGGCCUACGUGCAGGGCUGCGAGCGGCUGGAGCAGGCGGUGCUGGAUGUGAAGGCCCUGCAGACGGCCACACGGGAGGCCAUCGUGCUGCUGCAGGCCAUGGUGGAGGAGGUGCGUCGCAGCGCAGCUGAGGAGGAGGCCGCCAUCCACGCCCUGUUCAGCAGCAUGCAGGACAAACUGGCAGAGAGGAAAGUGCUGCUGCUGCAGGCUGUGCAGAGCCAGUAUGAGGAGAAGGACAAGGCCUUCAAGGAGCAGCUCUCCCACUUGGCCACUCUGCUCCCCACCCUGCAGGUUCACCUGGUCAUCUGCUCCUCCUUCCUCAGCUUGGCCAGCAAGGCGGAGUUCUUGGACCUGGGCUAUGAGCUGAUGGAGAGGCUGCAGGGCAUUGCCAAGCGCCCGCAUCGCCUCCGACCGGCGCAGAGCAGCAAGAUCGCCUGUGACCACCGCGCUGAGUUCGCGCGCUGCCUGGAGCCGCUGCUGUUGCUGGGCCCGCGCUGGACGGCCGGUGCCGGGGGCGGCACCAACUUGCUGGCAGGGGUCUCAGGCCCCAAGGUGCUGGUGGGGCCCAGCUGCCCUUCCCCAGUGGGGAAAAUGUUGGGGUCACCGGUCCAAAAGCCCACACCGCACCGGUCCAUCAGCACCAAGGUGCUGCUGGCAGAGGGCGAGGAUACGCCCUUCACGGAGCACUGCCGCCACUAUGAGGACUCAUACCGGUACCUGCAGGCAGAGAUGCAGAGCCUGAAGGACCAGGUCCAGGAGUUACACCGGGACCUCACCAAGCACCACUCACUCAUCAAGGCCGAGAUCAUGGGAGACAUCCUGCACAAGUCUCUGCAGGUGGACGCGCAGAUCGCCUCGGAGUUCGCUUCCGUGGAGGGGCUGAGAGCAGUCUUCCAAGAGAUGUGGGAGGAAUCCUACCAGCGGGUGGCUAAUGAGCAGGAGAUUUAUGAAGCCCUUGACUUUGCCUCACCGCUGCUAACUGGCCCCAAAACGAUACAUCCGAGGUCAGGAUUCACCCAGCUCUAUGACCUCCUCCAGCUGAAGCAGGAGAAUGCCUACUUGACCACCAUCACCAAGCAGAUCACACCCUAUGUCCGCUCCAUUGCCAAGGUGAAGGAACGGCUAGAGCCGAGGUUUCACGUGCCCGUGGACGAAGAGUCACAGCGCCUACAGAACACCUGUGACGACAGCACAGAUGGUGAGACCCCGGCCAGGAACAAUCCAGUAAGUGUCACAGAAAAGAGAGAGAGGACCUCGGAGCCAAGAGGAAACAGCAGGGCUCUGAACAGCCUCACAGAAGAGCCUCCACUGAACAACAAAGACCCUCACAGACCCAAACAGAAAACUGGGGGUGACGCCCCCCCAUGGAGGGACCGCCCAACUUAGCAAAUGGGGCUGGUCCCAUGG